UGAGAUUUCUCUUGAUAAUUAUUUUACUAUUUUUUAAAAUAUUAUUUUAUCAAUAAUAUUAGAGCAGGUUAAAAUAAUAUUCAUCAAUAAUGGCAGAUGCUACUGCAAGAUCAUUGCAGUAUGAAUACAAGGCGAAUUCAAAUCUUGUGUUACAAGCCGAUCUUAGUUUAAUUGAACGACGUGGUCGAGAUGAAGCUACUGGAGAAGUUUUAUCACUACAACAUCACAUUGAAGGAAUCAAGAUGGGGGAUAAAUAUUUAAGAUCUAAGCCGCCAGAGCUUGAAGAUCAAGCUAAGAAAGCUAAGAAACGCAAAACUGAAAAAGAUGAUAAUUUAAACUAUGGCAAACUCAAAAGUUCAACUCUGUUAUCUGAUAAAGUGGACGAUAUGGAGGGUAUUUAUUACAGGCCAAAAACUUCAGAAACUCGUCAAACAUAUGAAGUGUUACUUAGUUUCAUUCAAGCCGCAAUCGGUGAUCAGCCAAGAGACAUACUUUGUGGUGCUGCAGAUGAAGUUUUAAUUACUUUAAAAGAUGAGCGAUUAAAAGAUAAAGAGAAGAAAAAAGAAAUUUCUGCUUUACUUGGAAACAUGCCUGAUGAGCGAUAUGCUUUGUUGUCAAAUCUUGGAAGGAAGAUUACUGAUUACUUAGUUGAAAAGGAAUCAGCUGCAGGAGCUGCAGAUGAGGACAUGAUUGAUGAAAACUAUGGUGUUGCAGUUCAGUUUGACGAAGAAGAAGAGGAGGAAAAAGAUGUGCGUGAAAUUCGUGAUGAAUCUGAUGGUGAUGAUGAAGGUGUCGAGGCUGAAGUAGAUAUGACUUUACAUGGUGGUCUAGAUGAUGACAGUGGUUUCAAAAAAAGUAGUGGGGUUCUUCAUCCCCGUGAGAUUGAUGCAUAUUGGCUACAGAGGGAGCUUAAUAAGUUUUAUAAUGAUGCUGAGUUAUCAAGAUCCAAAGCGGAUGAAGUUUUAAAUGUUCUAAAGAAUGCUAAUGAUGAAAGAGAUCUGGAAAAUAAGCUAGUUCUUUUGUUGGGUCAUGACAAGUUUUCUAUCAUUAAAACUCUUAGAAAGCAUCGAAAGUUGAUUUUGUAUUGCACCUUGCUGACCAUGGCUCAAACAAUAAAGGAACGCAAAGAUUUAGAAACAAAGAUGAAAGUUGACCCUGAACUUGCUGAAAUUCUUCAUCAACUAUCAGAGGAAGAUCAAAAAGACUUGGUUCAGGCUGAACGUGCUCGGAAAGCAGCAGCAAGAAAAUCUAGGGUAGAUGCUGACCUUAGUGCAUUAGACAGUGAAGAUAAACUGAGUCGCUUUGCAAAGAAGUUACUUGACUUGGAAGAUUUAUCUUUUAAAGAUGGAAGUCAUUUCAUGGCAAAUAAAAAGUGCCAGUUGCCGGAUGGUUCAUUUAGAAAGCAAAGGAAAGGUUAUGAAGAAGUUCAUGUACCUGCCUUGAAACCUAAGUCAUUAAAAGAUGGAGAGGUCUUGGUUCAAAUUAGUGACCUACCAAAAUACUCCCAAACUGCAUUCGAAGGAUACAAGCAGCUAAACAGAAUUCAAAGCAAACUAGCAGAUGCUGCACUAAAAACAGAUGAUAACCUUCUUUUGUGUGCUCCUACUGGGGCAGGUAAAACCAAUGUUGCACUAAUGGCUAUCCUGCGUGAAAUUGGAAAACACAUUAAUCUUGAUGGUACAAUUAAUACAAGUGAAUUCAAAGUUAUAUAUAUUGCUCCGAUGAGAUCUCUUGUCCAAGAAAUGGUCCUCAAUUUUUCAAAGAGGCUGCAAUCUUAUGAUAUUCAAGUGUCUGAGUUAACUGGUGAUCAUCAAUUAAGCAAAGAACAAAUUGACAGUACACAAGUAAUUGUAUGUACACCUGAAAAAUGGGAUAUCAUUACUCGAAAGGCUGGAGAGCGUACUUAUACUCAGCUAGUUAGAUUGAUUAUUAUUGAUGAAAUCCAUCUAUUACAUGAUGAGAGAGGCCCUGUUCUUGAGGCAAUAAUUGCUAGAACAAUAAGGCAAAUAGAAAGCACUCAAGAACCUGUACGGUUAAUAGGUUUAAGUGCCACGUUACCAAAUUAUGAAGACGUUGCAACAUUUAUGAGGGUGAAUGUGGACAAAGGUUUAUUUUUCUUUGACAAUAGUUUUCGACCUGUUCCACUAGAGCAGCAAUAUGUAGGGGUGACUGAAAAGAAAGCAAUCAAAAGGUUUCAAGUUAUGAAUGAAGUUGUUUAUGAAAAAGUAAUGGAAAAUGCAGGCAAAAAUCAGGUGCUAGUGUUUGUCCAUUCUCGCAAAGAAACAGGGAAAACAGCUCGAGCUCUAAGAGACCUGUGUUUGGAAAGAGAUACAUUAGGCCAAUUUCUGCGUGAAGAUUCAGCAAGCAUGGAGGUUUUAAGAACUGAAGCUGAACAGGUUAAAAACUUAGAGCUAAAGGAUAUUUUGCCAUAUGGUUUUGCUGUUCAUCAUGCAGGCAUGAGUCGUGUUGAUAGAACACUUGUUGAAGAUUUGUUUGGAGAUCGUCAUAUACAAGUUCUUGUAUCAACUGCUACAUUAGCUUGGGGUGUUAAUCUUCCAGCUCACACAGUCAUUAUUAAAGGAACUCAGGUUUAUAGUCCAGAAAAAGGAAAAUGGGUUGAGCUUGGUGCCCUUGACAUUUUGCAAAUGUUUGGACGUGCUGGUCGACCACAGUAUGAUACUAAAGGUGAAGGUAUUUUGAUAACCAACCACACUGAACUUCAAUACUAUUUGUCUUUAUUAAACCAACAGCUUCCAAUUGAAAGCCAGUUUAUAAGUAAAUUAGCAGAUAAUUUGAAUGCUGAGAUAGUGCUUGGUACAGUACAGACUGUCAAAGAUGCUUGCACAUGGCUAGGUUACACUUAUUUAUACAUUCGUAUGCUUCGUAAUCCAACACUGUAUGGAAUUUCACAUGAUGAUAUGGAAAAUGAUAAGCUUCUUGAACAGCGUAGAAUGGACCUUAUUCAUAGUGCAGCAGUUUUACUUGAUAAAAACCAGCUUAUUAAAUAUGACAAAAAAACUGGAAUUUUACAGACAACUGAACUUGGGCGAAUUGCAAGUCAUUAUUAUUGCACUCAAGAAUCAAUGGCAACAUACAACAAGCUAUUAAAAGCUACUUUAAGUGAAAUUGAACUGUUUCGUGUUUUUUCUCUUUCCUCUGAAUUUAAGUAUAUAAAUGUUAGAGAGGAGGAAAAAAUGGAACUACAGCUUUUAAUUGAACGAGUACCGAUACCUGUUAAAGAAAGUAUAGAAGAACCUAGUGCAAAAAUCAAUGUUUUAUUGCAAGCAUAUAUUUCACAAUUAAAAUUAGAAGGGUUCGCUCUUGUUGCUGAUAUGGUUUUUGUUACUCAAUCUGCAGGCCGCCUUAUGCGUGCAAUUUUUGAAAUUUGUCUUCAUCGUGGCUGGGCGCAAUUAACUGAUAGAGUUUUGAAUCUUUGUAAGAUGAUUAACAGUCGCAUGUGGCUGUCAAUGACGCCAUUAAGACAAUUCAAAAAAAUGCCUUUUGAAGUAAUUAAAAAGAUUGAGAAAAAAGAUUUUCCAUGGAAAAGGUUUUAUGAUCUUGGCCAUAAUGAAAUAGCUGAGUUAAUUCAUGCUCCAAAAAUGGGAAAAGUAAUUCACAAAUUUGUUCAUCAGUUUCCUAAAGUUGAAGUCACAACACAUAUCCAGCCUAUAACACGUUCAACUCUAAGUGUUGAAGUUACAAUCACACCCGAUUUUCAAUGGGAUUCGAAAAUUCAUGGUAAUUCAGAGGCGUUCUGGAUAUUUGUAGAAGAUGUUGAUGGAGAAAGAAUAUUACAUCACGAGUAUUUUUUGUUAAAAGAAAAAUAUGCUACUGAUGAACACACUGUAAAGUUUUUUGUGCCAGUUUUUGAACCUUUACCUCCUCAGUAUUUCAUUAGAGUAAUAUCAGACAAAUGGUUACAUUCUGAAACACAGCUACCUGUUUCAUUUAGGCAUUUGUAUUUACCUGAAAAAAACCCACCUCCAACAGAGUUACUAGAUCUUCAGCCUCUCCCUGUAUCAGCAUUAAGAAAUUCUGACUUUGAAGCACUUUAUCAGGACAAGUUUCCUUACUUUAAUCCGAUUCAGACUCAAGUUUUCAAUGCACUUUACAAUUCUGAUGAUAAUAUAUUAAUUGGUGCUCCAACUGGUAGUGGAAAAACAAUAUGUGCAGAAUUUGCAAUUUUACAUCUGUUAUUGCAACAUCAUGAUGCUCGUUGUGUUUAUAUAACUUCACUGCAAUCUCUAGCUGAACAGGUAUUUACUGACUGGCGCAGUAAAUUUGGUAUAAUGCUAGGAAAAAAUGUAGUUAUGUUGACAGGGGAAACAAGUGGUGAUCUUAAGUUGCUUGCCAAAGGUAACAUUAUUAUUUCGACACCAGAUAAAUGGGAUGUUUUAUCUCGCAGAUGGAAACAAAGAAAAAAUGUGCAGAAUGUUAAUCUUUUUAUUUUGGAUGAGUUACAUUUAAUUGGUGGAGAAAAUGGGCCUGUGAUGGAGGUGAUUUGCUCUCGUAUGCGUUAUAUAUCAUCUCAGAUUGAGAAAGGUAUUCGUAUAGUAGCAUUAAGUUCUUCACUUAGUAAUUCUAAAGAUAUUGCACAGUGGCUUGGUGUUAGUACAAAUAAUAUAUUUAACUUUCACCCUAAUGUCAGACCAGUGCCUCUAGAAUUGCACAUUCAGGGGUUUAAUAUUACUCACACUGGAUCACGUCUAAUAGCUAUGAUAAAGCCUGCUUAUCAGUCGAUAGUCAGGCUAUCUCCUCGGAAACCUGUUAUUGUGUUUGUACCCUCAAGAAAGCAAAGUAAAAUCACAGCGCUUGAUUUGCUGUCUUUUUGCGGUGCUGAGAAUCAACCUCAAAGGUUUCUCCACUGCACAGAGGAAGACCUUCAACCUCAUUUAAAACGUAUUCAAGAGAAAACCUUAAAAGAAACUCUAACUUACGGAGUAGGUUAUUUGCAUGAAGGACUCAGUGAUAUAGAAGUUAAAGUUGUUGAACAACUUUUUACCUCAGGAGCUGUUCAGAUAAUGGUAGUUUCUAGGAAUCUUUGUUGGACAGUAAGCACUCAUGCUCAUUUAGUUGUUAUUGUUGACACAUUAUAUUAUGAAGGAAAGAUACAUACAUAUGUGGAUUAUCCAGUUACUGAUGUACUUCAAAUGAUUGGGUUAGCUAACAGACCUUUAUUAGAUGACUCUGGAAAAGCUGUAAUUUUAUGUUUAUCGUCAAAGAAGGAGUUUUUUAAAAAGUUUCUCUACGAACCACUUCCAAUUGAAUCACAUUUAGAUCAUUGUCUUCAUGAUCAUUUUAAUGCUGAAGUUGUCACUAAAACAAUUGCAAACAAACAAGACGCUGUUGACUAUUUAACAUGGACAUUUUUAUAUAGAAGAAUGACACAAAAUCCAAACUAUUAUAAUUUGCAAGGAGUAUCUCAUCGCCAUCUGUCUGAUCAUAUGUCUGAACUUGUUGAGAACUGUCUGGCUGAUUUAGAACAGUCUAAGUGUGUUUCUAUAGAAGAUGAGAUGAAUGUCACACCUCUUAAUCUUGGCAUGAUUGCUGCAUACUAUUAUAUUAAUUAUACAACAAUUGAGCUUUUUAGUGUUUCACUUUCGGCGAAAACUAAGUUAAAGGGUUUGAUUGAGAUUAUAUCUUCUGCUUAUGAAUACGAAAAUCUACCUAUACGUCAACACGAGGAUGCAAUUUUGAAACAGCUUUCAAAUCGUGUUCCAUAUAAAGUAUCAAAUGCAAAAUUUAAUGAUCCACAUGUGAAAACCAACUUACUCUUGCAAGCUCAUUUAUCAAGAAUGCAACUAUCUCCGGAACUUCAAUCAGACACUGAAUUUAUUUUGGGAAAAGCAAUGCGCUUAAUUCAAGCCUGUGUUGAUGUUCUUAGCAGCAAUGGUUGGUUAUCUCCAGCUAUUACUGCAAUGGAGCUAGCGCAGAUGGUGACUCAAGGAAUGUGGUCAAAAGACUCUUAUCUUAAACAAAUACCUCAUUUUUCUGCAGAAAUUAUUAAGCGAUGCCAAGAUAAGGAGAUUGAGUCUGUUUUUGACAUCAUGGAUAUGCAAGAUGAUGACCGCAAUAGCUUAUUAAAAUUAUCUGAUUUGCAAAUGCAAGAUGUUGCAAAGUUUUGUAACAGAUACCCCAACAUUGAAUUGUCCUAUGAAGUUGCUAAUAAAGAAUCUCUCGCAAGCGGUCGACCAGUUGUUGUAAAUGUCAACUUAGAACGUGAGGACGAACAACCCGGACCUGUUAUUGCUCCUUUCUUUCCACAAAAGCGUGAAGAAGGCUGGUGGAUAGUUAUAGGCGAUCAGAAAAAUAACAGUCUUAUUUCAAUAAAAAGAUUAACGCUUCAGCAAAAAGCGAAAGUGAAGUUGGAUUUUAUUGCACCAUCUGCUGGCAGUUAUUUAUAUAAUUUGUUUUACAUGAGUGAUUGCUAUAUGGGAUGCGACCAAGAGUAUCCGUUAAAAAUUACCGUACAUGAGCGAGACGAUAUGAGUGAAUCGGGAAGUGAUUAAAUAACUUAAAUAACACUUCGAUAUUGACAAAAUUGCUUGGAAUAAUUCCAAUCUCGGUCUAAAAGAUAUUUUUUGAAACAACUGAAUAUCAACAUAGACUAAUUUAUUGGUUGAUUCAUUUUCUUUUGAUUCAGAAGUAUCUGCAGUUGAUGUCAAUCUUUCGCCAAAUAUCAACUAAAUGCAAAAACUUAUUUUUUUUUAAUAAAAAAAAAAAUAAAAGCUUAAUUAUUUAA